AUGGCCUGCAGAGACCCUUUCAUCAUCUGUUUCUCGAUGUUCCUCAUUCUCUGCCUUUAUUGGGGCAUUGUGUUUCGCAUCGAGGAAAAUCUCACUUCCCUCGUCUGUUUUGUUGUCGACUUUGAUGGAAAAUCUGCUCCCUACAACAAUAUCACGCCCCUAGUAGGUCCGGAGGUCACAAAAUUGGCAAACGAGACGCUGUGGAGCCUCACACCAUCAAUCGGAUAUCAAAUACGCGACGCAAACGAGUUCGGGUUCGACCCAAUGAAGGUUCGCGAAGCGGUCUAUCAUUUCAAGGCAGUCUCGAUCGGAAACUCUUCAUACGAUCCAACAGGCGCAGUCCAAAUCAUCACCAUGUCUGGCCGAGAUUCAUUUAUGACGUAUAGCUACAUCUUACCAAGCCUCACGUCUUUCACGUCAAGUCUGACAGAAACAUUCGGCAAAACAUGGGGCGGCAUGGUAAUGGCCAAUGACUCCCUGACAAAGGAGACUCUGCGGCAAGCCGCGAGUGCCGUCAACCCCGGGGUGUCACCUUUGAUGCUAGAUCUCCGGCCGUUCGGGCCGCCUGCGGCAAUUCCGGCAGUUACCUUUGGGCUAAGCUUUCUCAUUGCCCAUCUUGGUUUCACCUAUUACCUUGCAGACGACAUAAAAUGCAUUGUGCCUGAGGGUCAUCCUCCCGUGCACUACUGGCACUACGUCAUACGCAGAUAUUUAUCACUCAUGGCAGCCUACUUCUUCUUGUCGCUGGUCUACUGUUUGAUCUCUCUUGUCUUUCAAGUCCCCUUAUCCAACCCGCCAGCUCCGGCAGUGGAGGUUGCUAGGAAUCCAAAUGCUUAUGGAAAAGCCUCGUUCAUCGUCUUCUGGCUGUUGAACUUCUUCGGUAUGGCAGCACUUGGAAUGGCGUGUGAAAACAUGGCCAUGAUUAUCGGCCCUCGAUGGGUUGGUUUGUGGUUAACGUUUUGGACUCUCACGAACACGUUGACCGGAUUCUGGCCUCCCGAUAUUGCGCCCGGGUUCUACCGUUGGGCGUAUGCAUGGCCUUAUCAUCAUGUGAUUGAAGGCAGCCGACAGAUUCUAUUCGACUUGCACUCGCGCAUUGGCCUCAACUUUGGCGUCUUGAUUGCGUGGGUGUCGGUUAACACGAUUUUGUUCGUCCCCGCAUGUUAUAUUUUGAGGUGGAAAGAUGAAAAAGAGAUUCGUCGAAAGGAGACAAAACUUCCACACUUUCACUUGCACAGGUAUGAUUUCGAAAAGCAAAUUCCCAAGCAACCGGGAGUUGAGCCGCCAAGACGAAAAAGGGGAUUCCUUAGGGCUUUGUGA